AUGAUAAAGUUUAGGGACUCGGAAGAAUUUGGACCUCGCGGGAAAGUCAACGCGGGCGGUGGAUCUCGCCGGAACUUCGCCGGAGAAGGACGGGGACGACUGGCGGGGCUCGGGGACGGCGGGGCCGGAUCGGUCCCGACCGGAUCCGGGCGGUCGCCGGCCGACGACGAGGCGACGAGCGGCGGCGGGGCCGCGGGGACGUGGUGGCGCCGGGCGACGAGGCGCGGCCGGCGUCGAGCGCGGCGGGCGCCGCGGUGGUCCGGCGAGGCAGGGCUGCGGAGCCGGGCGGGGAGGCGCAAGGCGGCGAGGUGCACCGGCGACCGGGGCGAUGCGGCGGCGGGAUGUGCGGGCAGCGCGGCAGGCGCUGGCAGCGGGAUGCGUGGACAGCUCGAGGCCCGAUCGCGGCGCGGGCGGGCCGGCGGCGCGGAGAGAGAGAGGAGGGCGACGUGGCGGCUCGGGAUUGGGCACGGAGGCGGCGGUGCUGAGGUGGCGGCACGGGAUUGGCAGGGCGACGUGGCCGGUGGACAUGUUCUGAAAGAAAAGAACACCAUGCUAGCACAUGAGCUAAACACAAACCAGAUGCAGCUGAAUGCGGUCAUCGCCGAACUAGCGGAAUUGAAGGUGACCGCGACGGGCGCAUCUAAGGAGAAAAAACUAGAGGAGGAAAAGGACAAACAGUCCGAAGAGAAAGAGAGCUUGAAGGCUCAGCUAUCGGCUGUUCAGAAUGAAAAUGAAAAGUUGAAGGGCGGCAUGUUCGCGGGCGGCCCCGGCCUCCUCCUAAGCCGCACGAGCACCAGCGUCGGGCCACGCCCGAGCUCCUCCGCCUGCGCGUGCCCCCAUGGCCUCGACCGCCGGCUGCCGCCCGGCCCAUCCGCCUCCUGCCCCGCGCCCGGCUUCCGCAGCCUCCGCGUGGCCAACCCCGAGCUCUGCCCCUCUGCAUCGGCCCGCACCUCCACAAACAUGUGCCCCGGCCACCGCCACCCCAACCGGCUCCGGGUACCCGCUCCGAGUCGCCUCCGCCUGCGGCCGGGCGCCCCGCUUCGGCCGUCUCUGGGUCUCACGCCGGCCUCUCCACCUCCUGCGCCGGCUCCGGUGGCCGCCCCGUCCCUCAACCCGACCGCCGGCUCCCCAGGCCGGCCCGACGAACCGCCGGCUCCCCUCUCGACCCGGCCCGCCGGCUCUGCCUGCGCUGGCUUCUGUCGCGUCCGCACCCAGGCCGACUCCGCGCGCGCCGGCCGCCUGCCGGCUCCUGCCACCCAGCCGACUCCACCGCCUGCCGGCCACCGCCACGCCGGCCGACUGCGGCCCCGCUCCCGCGCCGGCUGCGCCGGGCCCGGCCGGCUCCGGCCUCCCCCUCCGCCUGGUCGCGCUCGCGUCCGCCUACCACGCCUGCAGGCCCCGUUCAGCUCCGCCCGCACGACCGCCCACGACAGUGGCCGGCUGCUCUGCUCCGCCUGCCGGGCCCGGCUCGCAACUCCCGCGCCAGCCGCCGGGUCGCCUCCGCCCCCGCCGAGUCGCCACGGUUCGGCCUCGUCCGCCUGCCUGCUCCGGCCUCCCCAGCACCGGCUCCGCGCUGGCCGGCUCCGCCAGCUCGCCGCCUUGUCGACCCGCCCGCCUGCCAGCUCCGGCCUCCCCCGGUCGUGCUCGCGUCCCCCUGUGCGCCUACAGGCCCUGGCUGGCCCCUACCCCGCGCGCUCGCCGGCUCCCGUGGCGGCUGCAUCCCGCCAUCGUUCCCCGCAGCCGGCUGUACAAGUAGUUGGGAUGUAA